AGAGGUAAGGUUGACGGCUUCUUUUCGUCGGUGUAACGGAUCGGACUUGUACGUGUGUAGGGAAGUGCGGGAGUACGCGCGGCGGGUUAAGUCGCGGAGGGAAGGCUGGGUGUCAAAGUCUUCUUCUGGAGCGUGUUUAUCCGGAGGUUUCCGGUUAUCUGAAGCCUUGGGCAUCGAACGGUGCUUUUCCUUGCCCUUCCUAGAUAGAGAUUGAUACUGCUUGAUGUGUUGAGGUUCGGAUACACGAGGUUUCUUCGGUACCGGUUCUGGUACUGAACUUUCAUCCUGAGAAUGUACACUGCUUUGUCGAGCCCCGUCCUCGUCCUCGUCAUUCGGAGACACAGCAGCGUCUUCCGGCUCUUCCGAAGGAUUUGAAGAACUCUUCAACUUUGGCCAUCCGGAGUCAAGUCCUUCUCGCCGUUUUUGAACUGUCCAUCGGCUCUUGAGUUUCUUCUUCUCAACCCAUGAUUUCUUCAAUUUCUGCGCUGUAUUCCUCGGCAAAUGUCUGAAUGUCGGCGGAUUCUUUCGCUUCUUCUCAUUUGCACCAACAUUAGGUUGGACAGCCAUUUGUAGCGUAGCAGUGUUGCAGUGCAAGCGCUAGUAAGAUGAGGCACAAGUAAAGAGGAAUGACUUGCUGGUGCUUACUAAACUCGGCUGCCCCACGCAUAUAACGCCCAUCAGUCGCGCCUCAUCCCAUCUUGAUCUCUCACCACCGCCUGCCACUCUCCUCCACACUCCUCUCUCACAUUACCCUCGCACCUCUACCUACACACUCAAUCAGAGUUCACGAAAGCCGCCGUUUUAUGAACGUCGACAACCUUCAGCAGUUUGACCCCCUUGAGGAUGACCUUCUAGGAGAGACGGACGAAGUCGGUUCGCAGAAAGAGCACAUCCAUAUUCGUAUCCAGCAGAGAAACGGCAGAAAGACGCUCACCACGCUUCAGGGGCUUGGGAAGGAAUAUGACCUUAAGAAGAUCUUGAAGGCAUUCAAGAAGGAAUUCGCUUGCAACGGCAAUAUCGUCGACGACGCAGAGCUUGGUCAAGUCAUACAGCUUCAAGGCGACCAGCGCCAGAAAAUCCAGACUUUCCUGGUUGAACAGGGAAUCGAUAAGAAGACCAUCGUGCUUCACGGUUUCUAAAUUUGUAUACAAGCUUUAAACAGUGGAGUGCCUACGCUACUUAGACGGUCUCUCUCCCACUGCAUUUUUGUCUCUCUUUUCCGAAUAAGUUUUCUUUUCAACUAUCGAUUCGAGUCAGCUUUCAUUUUGCAUUUCCCAUUCUCCCUUGCUGUUAGGUUGUAGGGAUCUGCUAUCGCUGCGCUGUUCGGACAGAUAACGAGUUUGUUGUUCUCUAUUCUGUUACGAUUCCGUGAUACGUUUGUGAUAUGUCUACCGUGGUACGCUUGUAUGAAUAUUACAGUGUUCCAAAUGAUUUCUGUUGCUUGAAGUGU